CCUUCGUCUUUUGUCUGGUCAGUGCUUUUGGUUCUUUGUUUAAUCUUGCCUUUUACCGGAAUUUGUUUCUUUUUUGUGCUCUUCGGGAAGAGGAGUGGAUGGUUAAAUUUUUGUCUUAACAUAUGCUGUAGCUACAAUUACACAAUUGUAGACAUUAGUACGCCAAGUUUCCUUCAUUGACCUAAAUUGGACUAAUAUGAGCACCAACGAACCAGAGACAUACCUAUCUGAAGUUGGAAGCUCAAAUCAGUUAGAGACGAACAAUUCAAAUUAUGUCUCUCAUGUCAAGAAGCUACUAUAUCGACGAAUGCUGGUUGGUAUAAGUGAUGGAAGGUUCUUUCUAGGUACGUUUUAUUGUAUUGAUAAGCAAGGAAACAUAAUCAUUCAAGAUGCAGUCGAGUACCGUAGCACCAGAAGAUCUGCCCCUUCUCCAAUGGAACAACGAGUUCUUGGUCUCAUUUUAAUCCCUUCCUCAUGUCGGAAAACAUGUCAUGUGGAUUGUUCUAUUGAUGAACAGUUAUCCCUAAUGUCCCUUGGGGAGCAAAACUCAUAAUUAUUCGUGGCGAUAAACUUGAUCCAAUUGGAUGAAUAUCUUCCCUGUUUGAUUUAUCGUGACAAUUGAUUAUUUCAUUUUCAAGUGUGAACUUUACUGUUGUUGUAUUUAUCAUAUGUUUUUUUCUCAGCUAGGAAGAAGCUGAUGAGUUUGUCACCAAUAAACUUGUCAUUUGCUGCUG